AUGAUAAGCCAACCACCCGCGGGCACGCAAGUUCCUGGCCCUCACCCUCACCCUCGCCCUCUGAAUCGCCCUGCUCUUCCUUCCAAACUCAGCAAUGUCAACCUGAGUCGACAAAAUGACACUGCCGACGUCGACGACGCCAACCGCUCGGCAUACACGGCAAACGGCAUGCUCCAAUACGCCGCACAGUCCGUCAGCACCNCCGAGGACAACACCCAGCACAUCCCGCCUCGCCUCCUCUCGCAACGCACCACACAACUACCUCUACCUCGCCGUCCCCAAUCUCUGACCGCACACGGUCAAUCUCGCCCGCCCGUCCCAAAGCCGACACCCACUCCCGUCCUGGAUCCAUCAACAAGAGCCAACGGUCUACAACCACCCGCAGUGGCCACUGCUCUUCCCNGAGACAAGGCUGCCGACUUCUUCCCAUGGACCAACAUCGAAGGCAAGCAUCCGGAAGAUGUGCUGAACGAGCACCUCAUAAAGUCCGGCUUCAGCGACAAGCCUACCGGUCCCUCGAGUACCGAGUCCAAUACGGCUCGCCCUCAUCUUUGGCCCAGCUUGAAGAACAAGAAUGGACUCGGCGUCUUGUCUGCUCUCUUUGUCCAAGUGCUGGACAAGAGGUCUCAAAUGCGUCUCUGCACCGCCCCUUCGACCUUUAAGCCGCCACCAAGAGUCACCCUGACCGACACAAAGAGAGAAGCUUGGCUCAAGGACCUUGCCAACCCAGAAGUGCCAUUACGGAAGCUCAGCCGGACUAUUCCUCAUGGUAUUCGAGGCAAGGUACUCCUCGAUCAUUGCAUAUCCAAGGACAUUCCCAUCGCCAGAGCUGUCUGGCUUUCCAAGUGCGUCGGAGCCAACGAGAUUCGUGCUUUCAAGAGAAAGGGUGUCUCUGGCCCUGCUGCUCUGGCUGGUGAACUAAAAUGGAUCAGAGAGUGGACUGUAUUUGUUGAACAGUUUGUUGAUGGUGUUGUCGUCAGCUGCGGCCAGCCGGGAUGGUCCCAAAAGAUGAAUUAUGCUGUUCGUUUGGCCACUCAUUUCUAUGUUGAGCAUCUCCUUGAUGAAGAACAUUACAUGGACUGGAUCCUCACUUCCCUCAAACAGAGCUCUUCUGAAAGACUGCCGGUCUGGAUCCUACUUACCCAAAUAUACUGGAAACAUCUCAUUUCCCACCGGAAACGUGGUCAUCGACUCGCCGAAGCCCUGCUUGGACAUGCCAAAGCCCUUGCCGCUACACCGUAUGGUAUUAAUUUACAGCUCAUCACGCGCGUCAAUCAACUCAUCACUAUCUUGGCCGUUAACCAUAGAGGAUGCCUGGUUCUCCCAAAGACUUGGGACCAAUACAAGACCACCUUCGCUGCUGUUAAACCAACAGGUCGGAUCAAUCUAGAAGCUGACGGUCUGACCAAUGUUGCAAGACGCAACAACCGAUUAUCAGGAGCAUCCCCACAAGCAACCUCGCGUACUACUAAACUUCGAUUGUUGGACACCCUGGACUCUGUCGGUUUGGAUGUUCAAAUCGAUAGGAUUGCUGCUCAAUGUGGGCUGUUGGGGCUCGAUACACGGUCGAUGUUGGUCACAACACUUGAAUGGGCAGCUUCCAAACACCGCUCAGGUAUCGCUCGUGUUUAUCUUGCCGCACAAUUGAUUCGAUACUGGAGCUUCGCAGGCUUCAGUGCGGAUGACGCAGUAUUGACGAUGCUCGAGAAGGCUCGCAACGACCGCAAUGUAGAACCUCGCCUAAUCUACAAGCUUGUCUCUGCCCUCGCUCGAUCUGGUCAUUUCUCAGUUGGUAAAUAUCUUCAAUGGCUCAUCUCUAUGGGCGUCUUGUCUGGGGCCAAUGCUGCCGCAAGCGAAGCUCAGCUCCUGCUCGAACUACCGACAGCCUACCUCUCUUCUCACAUCGUCAAUUUGAGGCGCACACUUCUGAACCGUGUUGGUUAUCACGCCAAUGCAGAAGUGCGUGAGGUUGAGAACUACAAGACCGUGCUGUCCCAACACCUUGGCGGCAUGUCCUUGCCUAGUCCUGGAAUGAUUUCACAUGAGCCAGCGCUCGAUACCAAGCCUGUUGGCGCUGUGAGAAUGGCAGUAGCCCAAUGGCUAUGUGAGAGAGUAAUCUCGCAAAGCUUUGAAUCAGCCAAUGACACUGUCUUUAAUGGCAACCUCGCUGCUUUCUGCCUGGUUCGCCACACCUUGGAACAGUUCGAGGACUUUCCAAGCUUGGCCAAAGUACUCGCCGCCGCGUCUAGCAGCAGUAAUCCUCAUAUUCUGGCCGCUGCAGCAGACACUAUCAACUUGAACAUCGAGAUAUUCGCUACUAUGGGUUUCUUGCCGGCGUUGGUCUCGCAAAUCUAUCAACAGCAACGUCGCUUACGAUCAAGGCAACCACUGGACCGCGCUUUCCUCCUGUCCUUGUCUGAACUCGUUCGCCGCGUACCAUCUGGUGCAACGUAUGCAAAGACUCUUGACAGCGAGCUUGCAAUGUGCGAGAUUCAGAGCUCUACCGCUGCAUGUUCGCCAGCAUCUGACAGCGUGGCAGUCUUGCAUUCUGGAAGCUUUGAGUCUAACGACGAUAUCGACCGAGUGCUUACUAGUGGUAACACUAUGGACGAGCAGCUGCUAAUCCGUAUGUUCUCUACCAUCACUGAUCGCAGUGUCAAGAUGGGAUCUGAGGGCCUGUCUCGUGCCAGCACGUGGUUUGCGCAACUGAGGUCGUUCGACCAGACCACUUUUGAGCAAUUGGUGCAGAAGCUCGUGAACAGAAUGGCCGAGCCUGCAGCGCCGUUCGAGGCUGUGGAAGGUAUUGUUGCCUCCNUGGUUGGAUCUAGCUGUCUGAAGCUGGAGAUCUUCCACCAAAUCUGGGAGAAGAAGCUCAAUGCCCUCAAAUCUACAGAGCCUGCGAAUGCUAGUCGCAUUGCUAUCAUCUGUGCCAAGAUAUUGAUACCCUCGACGUCUGUGAUGCACAAUCAAUCAGCCGAAGUGUACAGAUACAAAGUCGCACAGAACUCGUUUUGUCUUGGCCAUAAGGCAGACGUCCUGCGCAUUAUUGGAUCGUUGUUGCACCUGAACCCUCAAGCCAUUCUGUCGAGGAACGGCAACGCGCUAGGGGACAAGAUCACCUCCCUGCUCCGUCAAUACGUUGUUAGCGACCACAAACUGGUCUCGCAGGAGCUCAUCUCCAGGAAUGACCUGAUAGGUGCCCAGAAUCCUGUACAGCUUCUUCUUGAUUGUUUGCUAGAUCCCGCUUUCCAGGAACAGCAGGCAAACAUGUCAAUCAUUGAUAAGGUGAACAACAUUGUCGGGUCAACAACGGAGCUUUCUCUGCCAUUCAGCCAACUGGCUCUACAACAGCUUUCCUCAACUCUCUCCGGAGGUAACAGCUUGUCAGAGAACGACAAAGCCAGCCUGGUUCGUACCUUCCAGAGUGCGAUCGAGCACACGUCCUCAGUAUGGCCACAGCUGCUGAGUGCACUUGAUAAAGACUUGAUUCACCACAUCCACUCUUGGGCUGGCGAAUGUGUUUUGGAGAAGCUUUCCUCCAUCAUAUCUGUCGAUGGAUGUAUGGAGGAAGAGGCUUCUGUAAGGCGUUAUCUGAAAGCAGUUGAGGCAUCUGCGCUUGCAGCUUCAUCUCAGUCAAUGCCCUCGACCGCUUUUGUCAUGCUCGCCGAGCAACUGAAGAGGUUAGGUCAGUUCGCAGAAAGUAUCAGUCCUCUCGAUCCCAAACAAUCAGACAAAAAGGUGCGCAUGGCAUUCGGCAUCAGUGUGCUGCUACAGCUCACUACCAUGCACCAUCAUACACUUCAAGAUGUGAACGCUCUCGCACCAGACUUGAUUCCCCUGAUGAGUGUCCUGUGCGCUCUGCUCAUCCACCCAAAGCUACAAGGCCAGCAAGCUAUUCUUGAACACAUCCUUGAUGUUGCAUCCAUGAUCUCGGAUGACUUGUCCAACGAGCACAUGCACACCAUCCUACGUAACCUACCGUCUCAAGCUCGCUGCAUACCUCGUCUACGUUAUCUGUUCGGAACCCACUCAUCUCCAGACGCCUGGCUGUUGCUCGCCUCCAAGGUUGUGCCAGUCUCCGCAGCUCAGCAGAAUCCGACGUCUACUCCCUUACAAACCUCGUCUUCGCCAGUCUCAGCCACGCAGUCACCGUCAAUGAUGCAAAGGCCAUGGCCAGUGCCUGCUCGACCUGGCAUGCCUGCGCGUCCACCCUCUGUCCCCAAUACUCCCGUCCUAUCUCAAGCGCACUUGCAACAGCAGCAAGCCCAGCAGCAAAGACUUUCUAUGGGUAUGGGCGCAAAUAGAGGCCCGGUGGAGCUGAAGCAAACACCAUACAUGUUGAGGCGAUGGGAGCUGAUGCCUGACCCGACACCCAUUAUGGGUGCCAACGAUACCAGUCUGAGCCUGAGUCUAUUCCAGGCCAGAAAAUGUGUUUGA